AAACCUUCAGCGUCACUUACACACAGAGACAGAGAGAGAGAGAGAGAGAGAGUAGGAACACGGUGCAGGUGUAAUGGAUGGACAAGUUGCCCACACAUUGAUGUUUUUUGUGGAUUUGCCUUAAAAGAUAUAUUUUUUCCAUCCAAGGAUUCAGCGUUUACAUUUUUAAUACAAACCUCAAUACAAAUGGAUCGACUAGAUGAAUGGAGCUUUAAGUCCAAGAGUCUGAAUCUGGAGGAGGAUUUCUACUUCCACUACGGAGCGGAGGAAAUAACAGAUUAUCAAGACCCCAGCGAACUCCUGGCUGCUCUGAAACAAAAGGAGGAAGAGGUUAUUUUGGCAGCCCAGCUGGGAAACGCAUUGCUCCUGGAAAACCGUCAGUUAAAAGAGCAGGGCGACAAACUUCAUGAUCACUACGCAGACAAGCUGGAGGAGCUGGAGCAGGGCAGACAUGAGCUGCGGCUGAAGCUGGACGGUUGCCAGUCCCAGUGGGAGAUCCAGGUGGGGGAACUGGAGCGGGAUGUGAGGGAGCUCAGUGCCCAGGUGGAGCGGCUCACUCAGGCCCUCGGUGAGGCCGAGAGGGACAAGAGGCGCGCCGGGCAGGAGCACAGCGAGGAGACGCAGCGGCUCAGGGAGCAGCUCCACACGGCGAUAGAGGUGGAGAGAGCCAUGUCCAGUGAGCUGCAGGCUCUAAAACAGGAGCUCCAACAAAAAGGAAGCCACAACAAGCUGCAGGAUGAGGAGCUGAUCAGUGCCAUGAGGGAGCAGGUGCUGCGCCUCACCCAGAAGGAGCAGGUGCUAGAGGAGCGUUUGGAGUCUGUGUGUCGAGAAAACAAUGAACUGAGGGCCAGUCUGGCCUCUUUACACACACGCCUGGCUUUUCACGACCAACUGAACCAGCAGCACAGCCAGCAGCUAGCCGAGGCGUGGCAGAAAGUGGAGGCAGCGAAGGGUCGUUCACACCAGCUGCAGGCACAGGUGGAAGAGCUUCAGGAGGAAGUGUCCCUGCAGGAAGCCAGGAGCCAAGGAGAUGCUUCGUUGCUGUCUGAGCUGGAGAGCAGCCUGGAGACUGCAUCGCUUGGAGUCAGCAAAGAAGAGAUAAAGCAAGAAAUGGGGUCUAUCCUUCAGUUACUGCUCCCACUGACCCAGCCGCUGAGCAGCACAGAGAUAUCCGAGGAUCAUCAGGACGAUCUGCAGGCGAUGCUGCUGCGGCUAAAGGAAGUGGCUCAAACUGUGGCUCAUGCGCCCGGCCCUGAGGAGCUGAAUCAUGCCUUUGUUGACGGGACGGGUGAUCAGUGUGGGAAUCUGAGUGCAGCACAGGAGCUGCGAGAUCAGAAUGUCGUGCUGCAGCAGCAGAACACAGAGCUGAGGCAGAAGCUGCAGAGCGUACAGGAGAACAAUGAAGCUGUCCAGCAGGCCAUCAAGGACCGAGACGAAGCCAUAGCCAAGAAAAAUCUGAUGGAGGUCGAGCUGGUGAGAAGUAAAAAUGACAUGAUGUGCCUGAACAACCAGCUAUUAGAAGCUAUCCAACGGAAACUGGAGCUGUCACAGGAGCUGGAGGCCUGGCAGGACGACAUUCAGGUCAUCAUCAACCAGCAGCUCAGGUCACAGCAGCAGUCGGAGCUUCCUCAGAAGAAGUCACCAUCCAACGGCAUGUCCUUCUUCCGCAGGCCAAGCAGUGUGACCUCCACCUGGACACGACAGCCCUCCUCCUCCUCCACCUGGAAUUCAGACUCUAAUCAGGACAAAACCAAGUCCCCCUGGAGGGACUGGUUAAGACGGGGGAAAGGGGUGCAGUAUGGUAAAUAGUGGACAUUGAGUGAACCAAAGCUCCAGGAGGUAAAAAAGGAAGUCCAACUGCAGCUUUCUGUACAUCAAAUAUGGUGAAAAGAAGCCAUAGAGACACUUUGAAUUCAGUACUGAAGCACAGAGCCACUACGAACAAAGACUUAUCAAGAACCCUCUUACCUAAAAACAUUUCACUGAGGCUGAGCCUUCCUAUUACUGUGAUGACUCCAGCUAAUUUCACAGAAUUAUGUUCAAAGCUUUGCUUUAGGUUGUAAAUAAUGUGCCUUAUUUUGUCAUAUUGUAAAUGUAUGUGUAUGUCUUUUUACAUAAACAGCAGGUGUAAAGAGUAUGUGUUCAAAUUAUUUAACAUCACAAAAUCGAAGUGAAAGAGAAGACUGGACAGAAGUUUCAUGACUGAACUGUAAAACUCUAUUCAUGCUGAAUUUUGUCUCAUACCAAGUUGGAAAAAAGAGAAGCCAGUUUUCUAAACAAAGCUAAUCAUGUUAAAAUGUUGAUCGUAUACGAUACUGUGUAUGUCUUCACAUAAAUGAUCACGUUUUUUUUUUGUGUUUUAUUUUCUCUGGAUGAUAACUUGGUAUGGUAUGUGUUUGUUCUGUGACUCAAUGCUCAGUAUUAAAGCUGUUUAGAUCAAA